CAUAUCCCUUUUUUUUUGAGGUUGUUUGUUGAGAAUGUCUGGGGUGGAUGCUCCUGCUUUUUUAACAUGGGAGGAGAGGAUUAUAUGCCAUGAGCGUGGGAACCGUGUGAUUCACUUCUACUUGAAGGAUUCGUUGGGGAAUUCGGUUCUUGCUGUUGUGGGGACUGAGAGGAGUGUGAGGCACAUGAUGUAUGUUGUCCCUGACCAUUUCUUGCAGACUUAUGGAUCCGCACAUUCCAUCAACGCUUGUAAAUGGCGGGCGAGGCGAGAGGUCGUUGAGUGGCUUACUUGUUUGGUUUCCAGGAACCAUGCACCUGAUUCAGAUGUUUGUGUGACAGGUAUUGAGCUGGAUGAUGCAGCACAAGCUUUAGAAUCUCUCAAGCUUGGAAACAGUGCUCAUCAAAAAACUUUACCCGACAAACUGAUGUCAAGGAAAUUGAGAUUCCAGAGUUCAGAUAUUGAAUGGUCGGGCGUUGCUUGGUAUUGUGCUAAACAGCUGAAGCACUACCCAGGAUUUUGUAGGAAUGGGACAACCAUUUAUGUUCAUUCGUUUGUAUAUAUUAUGGCUGAGGAAGAAAACCACUAUCUAGGUUACCUGGAAGAUAUGUAUGAAGACAAGAAGAAACAAAAAAAGGUUAAGGUACGGUGGUUUCACCAUGGUCGGGAAGUUAAGAACGUGGUUCCACAGCUGAAUCUGCAAGAGGGAGAGGUUUUCAUAACACCUCAUGUUCAAGUGAUCAGUGCUGAGUGUGUCAAUGGCCCUGCAAUAGUUUUGACCCCUAAGCAUUAUGAGAAAUGCGUGUCUGCUAUUCUACAUUCCUCAUUAUCGGAGAUCCAUAUAUGCUCUCGGCAGUUCAAAAACAAUAAACUUAAGCCCUUCACACUCACUAAGCUGCGCGGAUAUAGUAACCAAUCUGUGCUCUCUUUUCUGGGUGAUCCUAUUGUUUCCAAGCGAAAAGCCAAGAGUCAUAAAUUGGACACAGAAGAUGAUGAGGACUUCGCUCAAGACAAUCCUCUAAGGUCGAGCAAUAAGAGGGGCAAAAUUCCUAAGGGAUAUCAAGUACUUGAAAACGGUUCUUCUAGUCUGCAAAACUCUGCUCUGAAAAAGAGUGAACAAAAAUUCCCAAGUUUGAAAUUAACACUUUCAAGGAAAACAAUGGGUAUCAAGUUUGUUGGACCUAAGCCUCAGCAUCAGUUGUCUUUUAAUGUCGAUGAUAAGGUCGAGUUUCUCUGUCAAGAUAGUGGCAUUAGAGGAUGCUGGUUCAGGUGUAAAAUUUUGAGUGCAUCUCAGAGGCAACUGAAGGUCCAGUACAAUGAUCUUAUGGAUGCAGACGACGUAGACAAGCUAGAGGAAUGGAUCCCUGCAACUAGAGUAGCAGCUCCUGACAAACUGGGUAUGCGGUGUUCAGGCCGCUUAACUGUGCGACCAUUCCCACCAAAAGAUACUACAGAUCAUGCUUUUGAGAUUGGAACUGCAGUGGAUGCCUGGUGGAGUGAUGGAUGGUGGGAAGGUGUUAUAACUGCCAUUGAUGUUGGUGGAGUAGGAACUCUUCAAGUUUAUACACCUGGUGAAGAAAGGCUCCUAACAGUCCAGAAGAAGGACAUUCGGAUUUCGCGAGAUUGGGUUGAUAACAGGUGGGUUGAUAUAGCUGGAAAGCCUAACAUUUGCAGCCAUUUACCUUCAAAUGUUAGUUCUCGUGUUGGGCUGUCGGCUAAUUCUGCUGUGGUAGACGGAUCUGUGUCCGGUUGUUCUGCUAUAUUAGAAAGUAAGUCAUCAUCGAUUCCCAAAGUUGAAGUUGCUCCAAAGGUUGAGCAAGAAUUAUCCGGUUUGGAAGCACCCGAACUGGAAAGUAUGAAGGGAGUGGUAACUUUGGGGAAGCCACUAGCUGCCAUCGAUGAAGACGAGGAUAUUGACUCUGGUGACGGUGGUUGUGACGGUGAAACUGACAACAUUGAUGGUGAUGGUAAGAAGGCACUCGAUACCAUUGACAAUGAAAAGGAUGUCUCUCACGGUGACACAGAAAAAAAUGAUGACGGCGGUGACAAAGUUGAAAAGAACAAUGAGGGAGAUUUGAUGUUGAAGGAACAACAUUUUGAUUCUGCAGAACAAAAACUUGAUGCAGCAGAAGCAAGUUGCAUGAAUAUCUAAUAUAGCUAAAUGAUAAUUCUUUGGUCUCCAAUCGAUUAUAGCUUAAGGUGGAAGCACCUUGUAUAUAAAAUCGAAAUGAAGUCCUGGGGUUAGUUUAUAUAUGCUGAGGGUAAUGAUUUUCUGGUGUCUAACAUAAGGAUAAUUGGUAGUGUAUAGCUAGUGUUUUGGGUUGAGAGUCCUUUUAGUUUUAGUAGAUAAAACGUUCUGUAAUCUAUAGGGAUUAUAUAAUUUACAUUCUAUAAUCUAUAGGGAUUAUAUAUAAUUAUAUGUUAGAAUUAAUGCUUUUGGCCAUAUGGUUAAUUAAUAGAUAGCACAUAUCAUUUGAACCUGCA